AUGGCCCGACAGCAGAAUUUUGCAGAAGAUGGUGAUUUAUUCAACAAACUUCCAGACUCCAUUGUUCAUCACAUUCUUUGUCUUCUCGACUUAAAAGACCGUUCACGACUCAGCUGCGUAUCACGAAGAUACAGAGAAUUAUGUAUAUCCGCUCCAUGGGUGACUUUGAAUAACUUUGUGGACAGGCCCAAUUCAACUCGUCGUCGAUUUCUCUUCAAUAACUUUGUGGACAGGCUCUUGUCUCUCCGCAGUUGGCAUGGGGUAAAGAUACAAAACUUUCUUCUCCAAUGGGAUUUCGGAGAAUUAUUUGAAGAGGAGGCGUACAGGAUCGACACAUGGUUGUACCAUGUAGUGAAUUUAGGCGUGCAAAAAAUUGCAUUUCGACUAACUACUCAACGCUUUGCCUUGCCACAAUGUGUUCUAAAUUGUAAAUCUAUAGUACUUCUCCAUAUCAACACCAACGAUGGCAUUCUCAAAUUACCCUCUACAUCGUCAGGCUUUGGUAUCAAUACUACGCUCCAGGCUUUAGUUUUAAUUUCUGUUCGAAUCGAAGACGAUGACUGUUUUGGAGAAUGGCUUUCACAAUUCAAGUACCUUAAGGAAUUGAAUCUUACAGGAGUAUGCGGGAAAAAGAGUUUGAGUAUCCACAACUACUCAUCAUCACUUGGUUGUGGUGUUGAUAAUUCGCUCAAGAAAUUAACUUUAGAUUCUCUUCAAAUCGAAGAUGACUACUUUGGAGAAUGGCUUUCACAUUUCAAGUCCCUUAAGGUAUUGAUUCUUACAAGAGUAAGCGGAAUAAAGAGUAUGAGUAUCCAUAACUCGUCUAUUGAUGUGUUAGAAAUUCAACAUUGUAAUGACCUUGUGGAUAUUAGUAUCUUUGCAGAGAAACUCCGACGACUUCAUGUACGUUGGUAUCCUUAUAAUAACUCUUCUGGUUUUGGAUCAUUGAAAAUCUUUGCUCCUAAUCUUGAAAAUUUUCGUUGGGUUGGACGUGUCGUGGAUUACCAUUGCAGAGGGGAUUUCUCGCACAAGUUGAAUCUCACAAUUGAUCUCAGUUUAUCUGAUCAAUUAUACGAAUCUUCAACCAAGUACUCUUUGCGUAAGAUUCUUCAUAGCAUGCAAAGGGCCAAAGUUCUGACACUACGGGAUGAGUUUGUUGAGGUUUUGUUUAAGUAUGGUUGCUUGCCAUAUUCAUUUGAUCAUUUAGAGCAUUUGGCAAUCGUACGAAUGUCUUCCUUUGAAGACAAUAUUCCAGCAUUAUCCUCAUUUCUCAAAGAAACAAUCAAUCUGAAGAGACUUGUUAUAUUAAACGACGCAAAGGUGGCAAACUCAAUGCCUUCAGGGAAGCUCUCAUUUAAAUUGGAAUAUUGGGAAUCUCAAAACCUCAUGUUUACUAAUCAACUGAAAAUUGUAAUUAUGGAGCUUUCUUGGGGAAGUGAUGUAGAACUGAUGAAAUAUUUGCUCAAGAACACAAAAGAAUUGGAAGAGGCGAGCAUCAUAUCAUCACCAGCAGUGCCAACAAAUCUCAUUAUUGAGUUAAAAAAGGUGGUGGGCUGUGCUAGCAGUGUUGGGCUGUUUCCUGUGGCACUAGGCCCAAGUUUUCUGGAUGAGGGAGUUGGGACCGGUCCAGUUACAACUCAAGUUGGUCCGGCUUGUGCGCAAACUAGGCCAGGUUUGCCAGGAACGUGCUUAUGGCAGACAAAACUGUUUCAGGCAAAUUGUGGCAGACAGACAUAA